GCGAGAACCUAUUCGCUUACAAUUUCAAAAAAACAUCGCGCGUUCGAAAUUUCAAACUUUGUUUUUUAAUAGCCAGUAUUUUUAUUUUUAUUGUAUUUUUUUAUUGAUUUUACUGGCCAGUGACAUGAGUUCGAACUUUGUGAUGUGUUCGAUGAAGUUAAAGAUAGUCGUUUUGGGAAUUUCAGUGUUGUUCCAAUUCACGGAUUCUGUUGAUUUACCCCGGUUCGUGGGUCCGGGGUCAAACGUGACGGUGGCGGUGGGGCGCGACGCCGCCCUCACUUGCAGGGUUGAUAACCUACAGACUUUUAAGGUGGCGUGGCUGCGCGUGGACACGCAAACAAUCCUCACGAUAGCUGGCCACGUGAUCACGAAGAACCACCGUGUCAGCGUCAGUCACGGCGACGGCGCGUGGACGCUGGGCCUGAAGGAGAUCGGAGAGACAGACGGAGGAAGAUACAUGUGUCAGGUCAACACUGAGCCGAUGAUGAGCCAGACUCAUGUGCUGCAGGUUGUCGUUCCUCCUGACAUUGAUGACGAAGCCAGCAGCGGCGAGAUAAUAAUAAAAGAAGGAGAGAAAGCUGCCCUGAGGUGCGUCGCAUCUGGUGUGCCACCCCCUAAUAUACUAUGGAGAAGAGAAGACUCCAGACAUUUCAAAAUCGACAACGCUACUUUAGUGUCGAAAUGGAACGGGCCCUGGUUGAAUCUGACCGAAGUGGAGCGAGCGGCGUCGGGCGCGUACCUCUGUAUAGCGACUAAUGGGGUGCCGCCCUCAGUUAGCAAGAGGAUCAUUAUUAACGUUAUGUUUGCGCCAUCGGUAUGGACCGGUCGAGUUGCAUUGCGAGCACCGGCAGGCGGCGCUGUGUCACUGCAAUGCACUGCAGAGGCUUAUCCUGUACCGCAGAUGCAUUGGACGCUCAACGACAAUAGAUUGGUUAAUGGAUCCAAACACAGGCUAAGCAUUUCUACCCGAGGCUACCGACACACUAUCGAGUUGCUGGUGUCAGAUAUGUCCAGAGAAGAUGCCGGUGCUUAUCGCUGCCACGUCGAGAACAGUCUGGGCAGGGCGCAAGCCGAGUUGUUCUUGCAUAUGUUGACAACAACAACGACGACGACAACAACCACCACAACGACGACCACGACAACAACUACAACAACUCCACCACCUACGACAACGACGUCACAUUAUGACGUCGAGCCGCACUUAGAGCAGCUACAUCGGGGCGUCCUGGAAGACCCUGGGCUGGACAAUCCUUAUAUUGUGCUCAGCCAACACCAAAUGCAGAACCUGGAAAUGGUGACAACAAUGUGACCAGAAGUUGUGGGCCAUGGCCAGGCCCCUUGGAGCGAGGGGUGGCCACCCCACGACUCUGCAUCCCUGAAGUAUAUGCAAAUCUGGACUUUAUUACUAUGUGCGGUAGUGGCCAUUGUGGCGUGAUACGAACUGUAGUAGUGUGGAAUGUGGGAAACAAGGUUGUUGAUACUAUGAUUAGAUUGAAUUAAUUAAUUUUUAUUUGCUUAAUUUAUAAUAGAUUGAUUAAACUGAAUAAUGAAAUCGAUCAAAUACAACGAUGUAAAGAAUCGAUAGCCGAUACGCGCAUUGCAAAGAAAACCAGCGAAGUUCAACUACUCGCGUUGUAUUCAAUUCCGAUUGGAAGAAAAACAACACAAUAUAUCAUAAUUUCUUAGUUUUUGUGUUUUACACAGUAUCAAGAAUAAGUUGGCGAUCCAGAAACAGGGAAUAAAUUCUAAAGGUGCUCACCUACAGCAUAUUACAAAAUACACUUGCUGUCUUUGACACUCUUUUGUCAGGAAUGUAUUUAAGAAAAGAGACAACAAAUGUUUUUAUAACAUCUCAUAACUCGCUGUGUGGGAGCUAAGGUGCUCCCAGCUAUAAAAAUUGAUCAUUAAGAGUAGGUAGCAGCACCCUUACUAGAGCGCCAGCUUUUUCUUUACUGCCUGUAUUUAAAUUGUUAUAAUUAAACUUAUAUAAGUAUUUACUUAUACGUGUAUUUAGUCGACUAUUUCAUUACAACGACUGCUGAAAUCAUUUUGUUAAUUAUUGUACAUAAAAUAAUAGGAAUAAUGUUUUUUCUAGAUUAACUGUUAAGACGCUGUACAAAGUUUUGCACAAAGCUAGCCAUAUCAAAUUUAUAGACACUGGCGAUGUGUAAUGAGAAUAAAAUCGUUGUUAGAAAAAUAUUGUGUAUCUGUAUGGUUAUUUUAUGAUUUGUACCAAUUUUCUUAUGUAUUACGAUCGAUUACAAUCAUUUACGAUCGAUUACGAUAGAUUACGAUAGAUUACAAUCGAUAACGAUCGAUUACGAUCAGCCUGUUAAAAAUAUUUUGAAAUAAUAUUUUGAUGGAUAGUAAAAUCAGAAACAUUUAGACUUUGGAAUUGUUAUUAUGGUUUUAUAUAAUACAGUCUAGUUUGUGUUUAAAGCUGCAAUAAUAUAUAAAAACGUUUAGUCUUCAUUUUGUGAUCAUUUCUGUGUAUUAAAUUGUUGCUUCUUCACACAUACAACUUAAAAUUAAAGUGAAAUAUUGUAUAAAUGAUCUGUUCCGUUGUAUAAUAAAAAUUGAAAAUGA